UAUAUAUCCAUGUAAAUAGUAAACAUCUUCUUUGAGGACAAAUACAUGCACAGAAUACUAUUAGGUGGACGUACUCCCACAAAACAUACAACUUCAGUGACACAUGCAACCCUCUCCUAGCAGCAGACUCUCUGCCUGACGUGCUACACUACUCCAUCACCAUAACAGCCAUUGUCACACCAUUACAGCAGCACUUACAAUGGAUCUUUCUACAACAAUACAUCUUUCUCUUUCUCACUGAAUAACCAAUGAUAUAAUUAUCAAAAAGGUUCAUAUAUAGGCAUAUCUGGACAUCCUUUGGUGAACUGUCAAUGAACAACAAUAUGUUCCUGUCGUUGUCCAUUCUAUUGUCAAUGGUCCACUGUGUCCUGACCAUAGACCUUACCUACCAUGUGGAAGAAGAGAGAAGUCCAGGAACAUAUGUAGCAGACAUUGCUGCCGAUUCUAAACUUUUAGACAAUGUUAAACCAUCUGACCAACAUUUGAUAACAUUCAGUCAAUUCAAACGAAAGGUGGCACAGUUAUUUAAUAUCACCAAAACAGGUAAACUUUACACUGCUCAGACACUGGAUGCAGAAGAUCUCUGCACGUUCAACAAAGAAUGUUCCAGAACUAUGAAGGUUGUUGUCAAUAAAGGAACCAGUGUUUCAAAAAUAUUAAAAAUCAAAAUAGUAAUAGAGGACAUCAAUGACCAUCACCCUGAAUUUCCAAAAGCUCAAAUUUCUUUGAAGUUCUCUGAGACAGAUGGAAAAGGCACAAAACAAUCUCUGCCAAAUGCUAUGGACAAAGAUGUAGGAUUCGAAAAUUCAUUAAUACAAUAUAAAUUAAAAUCAAAGAAUGGAGAACCAUUCUCUCUGUCAGUGUCUAAAAGAGCGGAUGGUAUUUCUUCUCUUAAUAUGGUUUUAAAAGAAUCAUUAGAUAGAGAAAUCAAAGAUACAUAUUUAUUACAGGUCAUAGCUAAAGAUGGAGGUUCACCAGCAAAACAAGGGACUUUGAAUAUAAAUAUCUCUGUAACAGAUGAAAAUGACAACCUACCAGAGUUUUCUAAACCUUUAUAUAAUAUAUCCAUACAAAGCACACAUCACAAGUCUAAACCCAUCAUUGUUUUAUCUGUAACGGAUGCUGAUUCUGGUGAAAAUGGUAAAAUUACUUUCCAUUUCAGUCCAAAGACAUCAGAUCUAGCAAAAAGCUAUUUUCAGUUAAAUGAAACUAGUGGAAGCAUUUUAUUAAGCAAAUAUACUAGUCUAAGUAAAAAAAAAACUUAUGAAUUGUUUAUAGAAGCGAGGGAUGGGGGCACUCCACCCUUUAGUUCUAUAGCAACAGUUCUGGUAAAUAUUAUCAAUCAACACAACAAUCCUCCAUCUAUUGAUAUUGAUUAUGUUUCUGCAAUCAAUGACAACACAGCUACCAUCUCUGAAAACAUCAAAGUCGGUAGUUUCAUUGCUUAUGUGAUGGUCACUGACAAUGAUGUGGGACAAAAUGGAGAGGUCAGCUGUGAUAUCAAACAUGAUACGUUCAAACUACAGUCAAUGGGAUCUAAAGAAUAUAAAAUCAUUCUAAACAAACCAGUGGACAGAGAAACACAAGGACACUAUAACAUUCCUGUCUCCUGUCAAGAUAAAGGAUUACCUCCUCUUAAAAGUGUUAAAAGCCUCUCUAUCCAAGUGACUGACAUCAACGAUGUACAACCACAGUUCACCAAAGAUACAUUCCAAUUCCUCACCUACGAAAACAAAGAUAAAGACUUCCCUAUUGGUUUUGUCAAUGCCACUGACCCUGAUCUUGGAUCUGCUGGACAACUCACGUAUUCUCUGCUGCGUAAAGAAAAAUCCAAUCUCCCAUUUCUCAUCACCAGUUAUGGCUUCAUUUCAGCGACCAUGUCAUUGGACAGAGAGAAACAAGAUGUGUAUAAGUUUGAGGUUUUUGUCAAAGACAAUGGAAGCCCAUCUCUGAAUGACACAGCGAAUGUUGUUGUUGAGAUUCUAGAUCAAAAUGACAAUGCUCCGUAUUUUACAUAUCCUAGUAGUGACCCUUACACGCUAAAUGUGCAGUACCAUCCGCAGAGUAAGAGUGACAUCACAGUUUUGAGAGCCUCUGAUGGGGACAGUGGAAACAAUGCUUUCCUCAGAUAUGCAAUCAUACAAGGAAAUGAUAAACAGUUGUUUAGUAUGAACUCACACAGUGGUGCUUUAUCCUUCUCCAGACAAGUUUAUCUAAAUGAUGCUGGAAGUUAUGAGCUGGUGUUUGUUGUGAAGGACAGUGGUAGUCCAGUUCAGUCGUCAACAACUAGUGUCACUUUGGUAUUGGCUGUUAGUAAUGAGACAUCACCAAUGUCGAAGAGUGGACCUUUACAAUCUUCAGGUCGGGUCCAUAUGACAUGGGUUAUUAUCAUUGUAUCAUCAGCAGUAAUAAUAUCAGUGGCUAUUGUUGUUUCUAUAACGCUGUGUAUUAUGAAAUGUAUUAAACACAGAGAUAACACAGCUGCUGCCACAAAGAAUACAGCCUACCAAGGUAGAGCAGAGAUGAAACAAUUGUUGUACCAGACUAACACUUCUGUUGCUAUGUCGAGGAAUGCAGAAGAGAUGGUGAAGCGGAAUAUCUAUUCUGAGAGAUCCAAGAGUGAAUGUUAUGCAGAAGGUCAGCUACAGAACAAAUAUGAAUCUUCAGUUCAGUCGAGAACUUUACCAAAACCUACCCCAAAAUACUGUCAACCUGUUGUGGUGACAUCAAGUGAUGAUGCUGUGGAAGAUAAUGCUACUAUGGUUUGUAACUAUACAUCAGAUACAAUGUCAUCCAAGAGAAGUGGUAGACAUGGAGACUUGAAACAUUAUGAAGAAAUACCAGGAGUAUCAGAUCAAAGUAUUUAUAAAAACAAUGAUACAUCAACAUCAAAAGAUUCUAGUGAAGAAACACCAGUGAAACAUGUCUAAUGUUUUUAUUGUUACACCCAUUUUUUUGUUUUUUUCUUUACUGUCUAUAAAACUGCAGAUUCCAAAUAACAGUUUGCUAAAAAGCAUCAACAUUUCUCCAGUUAAAUAUGAUAUUCUGUAAUUCUACAGACUUAGAGUUUCAUAUUCAACUGAAAUAAUUAAUGUAAUUCAUAAGGAUUAUUAUUAUAAUAUUUUUAAGUUAGUAAAUGAAAAAUCAGAAUAAUCAGAUUUUUAUUGUAAUUCUGAAAUGUACGCUCCAAAUAGUAUAAUUCUAUAAAUUGAUACAAGGUUAGAAGCAGAACAAAUAUUGUUCUGUGAUUUAAAAGUUUGGUAAUUUUGAUUAAAACCUAAGCACUGAUGUUUUCUACAACUUUACCAAAUAUAAAGUAAAAACAAUAUCUAGUUAUCUGCAUUAACCUGGAGGAGGGCAUGAUUAACACCAGAUUCUUUUUUUACUGCCUCUUCAAAACAAAUCUAUGUAAAAAAAGAACCUCUUCAUUGGUCUUCUGUCACGAUCAUUCAACCAAUCAAAUCCACAAUAAAACAUAGAAAAAAUUCACUAACAAAGCUAAGCACUCACAUUGCUGAUGUUUUUAAGCCAAACAAUUAUGUUCUGUUUCACUCUGUAAUAUUGUAACUGCUCAAAUAUAUACCUAAAUAACAAACAUCAUCUUUAAGGAUAAAUACACACAGGAUAUUAUUAGGUGGAUGUACUCCUGCAAACAUACAACACAUGCAACCCUCUCCUAGCAGCAGACUCUCUGCCUGACGUGCUACACUACUCCAUCACCAUAACAGCCAUUGUCACACCAUUACAGCAGCACUUACAAUGGAUCUUUCUACAA